GGAUAGCUACUUACUUUAGCGUCUUUGUAUACAAUAGCCGGUAGGCAUUCUUGACAGGGCAUGCUUAGGAAGCCAUGGCUAUCCAAGAAUUCCUAAUACAUAGGUAAUCAGGGCGUGCGUGCGCACGUCCUCAAUUACAAAUAUGGUCUACAUUGCUCCACCCAAAGGGGCGCAGGGCAAAGGCGGUCCAGCCAAGAAUGGCUCGCGGGCAGGCCAGGGGAACAGGGGCCGCGGCAAGGAGCAGGAUAUCCUUGCGAAAGCAGACCUGUUAGCACAACUCACCCGUCAGGCGGAGGAGAACACCCGCAUCCUGGAGCGAGAGCGGAUGGCCCUGGGCUUACAAGGUCCCGCGCAGGAUGCAGCACCAGGGCAGGGCGCGGCUCGCAGCCCAGGACCCGGCAGGUCUCCUCGCGCUCGCCCCCAGCAGCAGCAGCAGCACCGCCAGCAGCAGCAGCAGCCCGCUAACCAGCGCCGCCGCACCACCCAGCAUGUAUACCCGGAUAACGGCAACAAAAAAGUUUUCGACCCUAGGCAGAUCCCCGGACUUGGCGGCGCCGGAGAUGCUGAGGAGGCCGGGCCGGGAGGCGGAGGGGGCUGGGGCAACCGCCCGCCCGCGAUUGACGUCAGCGCCGAAGGCAUGGGCGACAUGACACUGAACCAGACGUUUCCUGACAGCCCUAACUUUUACCCUGGGAGGGUAUUUGCAAUCCCGGGCACCAUCCCGCCACCGCCGCCAGACAAGCUGCAGCCGCAGCUGUCAGACGGCGGAACAAUAAUAGUUCCGAGCUUUGGCGCCAGCAUUCUGGCGCAGCAGCAGCAGCAGCAACAACAACAACGGAGGCCUAGCGCGGCACCCGCGGGCAUGGGGACAGCAGCCGGGUCACCGCAUGGGAACCGCGGCGGCGCACCCCAGCGCGCUCCUCCCCCGCCCCCACAGCAGCAGUCGCAACCACUGUUGCCGGGACCGUCGUUGUCCGCUGCUCUGUCUCCAGGCGCCAUCGAUGACCCACGGGUCGCUGCCCGAAUGGAGGCAGAGGCCAAGAAGGAGGCGUACAGGCGGGAGCUGGAGGAGCAGAUUCGGGCUAAAAAGCUUGCGAAGGAGGCUGAAGAGCGCCGGCGGCGUGAGGAGGACGCAGCAUGGGAGGCACGGGCGGCUGCGGCGCCACUGCCCUGGGAUCCAGAGGCGCGUGCGAUGCGGCGGGGCGGCGGCGGUGAUCCCAUUAAGGAUGAGUACGGACGCCCAAUGGCGGACUUGCGCCACAGAGGGAUGCGAGCCAGCGGUGUAUCGCCCAACGGCUUUGGGCCUCCGCCUGGAAUGGCACCUGGGAUGAUGCUCCCAUCUCCCAUGGGGCCCGGUCCGCCAGGUCCCUUUCCCGGCGGGCCUCCGGGACCCGCGGGUCGGUUGAUGAUCGAAAUCCCGGGUGGCGGCGCAGGCGCCUACCCCGUGGGCGGCCCGGGCUUCGACGGCGGCCCCAUGUCCUCCGUAGGCAUUGUGCCCCACCACGGCGGCGCGUUAAUGCCCCCGCAGCAGCAGCAGUACAUGCCGGGGCCGCCAGGAGUCGCGGCCGGCCAGAUGCCGUACGACGGCGGGUCGCCACCGGGCAUGCCAAUGCAGCUGCCCCCCGGCAUGGGUCCGGGGAUAUCUGCCGCCAGCAUCCCGCCCGUCAGCCCCGGCAACCGGCGCUUCAUGGCGGCUAUGAAUGGGCUGAUCGCGGGCCCCAGCGAUGAGCAGCGGCGGCAGGCGGACAUGGCACGACAGAAGCUGCAGAUGGACUUGGAGCAACAGAUCAGGGAGAAGAAGGAGCGGCAGGCCCGGGAGCGGGCGGAGCGGGAGCGGGAACGCAUGAAGGAGGAAGCGGAGCUCAAGGCCUACUACGACAACCUCAAUGCACAGCGGCAGGGCGAGCAGCAGCGCGGAUCGCCCGGCCCUCUGCCGCCCCGGUCAUCAGGAGGGCCGGCAGCAGGCCCGCAGCAACCUCAGCAGGUGCAGGGUGGCGGCGGCGGAGCUGACGACCCUCCGCCGCCCCGAAAGGGACGGGGCAAGGGCAAGAUCAUUGACGCGUCCUGGCUUGACGCGGUGAAGCCGCCGCAGGUGCUGCCGCCGCUGGGGCAGCAGCAGGGGCAGCAACCAGGUCAGCAGUCGCCGGGCAUGAUGUCGGCAGCUGGGCCGCCGGUUCUAUACGCCCGACGGUCCAACAACGGAAUGCUUGGCGAACUUGUGGAUGGCGGGUCGGUGCAGGGGCAGCUGCAGUCGGGGCAAGGCGCCGGGCCCAUGGGUCGGGGAAGCACCGGCACCGGCGAUGGAGCUGUCAAUGGCGCCAGCGGCGGUGGCGGACGAGGAACGGUGACGACGCUUCUGCAGCAGCUUCAGGAAGAGCAAUCCCGCAUGCGGGAGGACUUUGCUCGCCAAGCCGCCGCAAUGGAGAAGCUCGCCAACGACGCCGGCCGGGCCCUGGCCGACCGAGAUGCCGCUUGGCAGGAGCUACAGCGGGUCAAGGCGCAGCUAGCAGCUGGCGGCUGCGGCGGAGCAGCAGCCGGCUCGCCGUACGGCAGCCCUGGCGCCGGCGGCGUGCAACUGUACGGCAGCCCUGGCGCCGGCGGCGCGCAGCUGUACGGCAGUCCGUCUGGCGGAGGCGUCCUGGUGGACUCGCCGGACCAGCUGGCGGCUAGCAUGGUAGUCAUCAACACGCACCUCGUGCCGAAAGACAUGAACUCCAUUCCCGACCGCCUACCGCAGCCGCUGGCGUCUGAGGUGCUGCGUCGAGGGCACACGGACCCGGGGCCGCAUGGCGGGAGCAGCGGCGGCGGUGGAGACUUCAUGGGGCGGGGCGGGCGGGAUUUCUCAAGCGAUGGUGGUGAUGGAGGUGCCGGGGUGUACAGUGGAGGAAGAGCGUACGUGCAUGGGGAGCGUUUGCAGCCCCUGCAGGCCCCGCAGCACCGACCCGGCAGCGGCAUGCGGACCUUCCGCAGCGGCAUCCCACGACCACCCGGCAUGGGCCCAACGCAGCGCCAACCCAUGCGCCCGCCGCCCAUACAGUCCGUGUACGGUCUCCCCUUCGACCAGCCCGCCCCCAAGAGCCGCUACAACAGCUUUUUCGGGCUAGACAAGGAAACCCGUGCAUCACCCAAGGGUGGCGGCGGCGGCGGUGGCGGCGGCGGCGGUGGCGGCGGCGGCGGUAUCAACCCCCAGCGUCGCAGCAGCCUGCCCGCGUUGCCGCCUCGUGGGGGCCCCGUUCGCAACCUCCUAGGCGCCGCCAAGCCGCCGCCCUCCUCACCCGGGGCGCUGCGAGGCGGCCGGCAGCGCAGCCCAGGAGCCAAGCAGCGGGCGGGAGGUGGCAUCGGAUUCGGCCAGCCGGCGCGGGCAGGUCGGGCGGUGCAGCCGCCGCUGGGGGCUGUGCAGUUAGCCGGUCGUUUCGGCGCUGCCACGUCGUCAGGUGCGGCUAGCCCGGAGCUAGAACCACCGGGGAGGUAUCAUUCUGACGGUGGGGGUAGCACUGGCGGAGGCAGCGGCACCGGACGGGGUCUGGGGCUGAUGUCUUUGAACCCGGGUGCACUGCAUGCCGCGCGCAUGCAGCGCCUGUCGCGUUUGAGCCAGGGAGGCGAGGGGGGCAGCACCAGUCCGCCGGUGGGGAUGGUAAUGCGAGCAGGACUCCCCAUGCUCAGCGAGGAUGGAGGCAGCGGCAGCGGGGCAGGUGGUGGCAGGCUGGUGGCAGUGGGAGAGGAGGAGGUGGCGGAGGAGGAGCUCGCGGGCAUGGCUGGGAUGUAUGCCGGGGCGGGGGCGGAGGGGGUGUCGGGAAGGGACAGCGUGGAUGCGGCCGGUGCCGGUGUUGCUGAGAUGGGGAGCCGCCGCAUGCGGAAUCGUGAGCCCUCCCUGCCCGGGUACUCGGAGGUCAUCCCGCCUGGCAGCAGCCAGGGCGGCGCAGCUUUCCUGGUUGCAAGCGUGAACGUGACCGGCGACGGCAGCAGCCCGGCCGGCAGUGACGAAGGUGGCGCUGGCGGUGCUGACAGCGCUGGCCGAAGCGGCGACGUUGCCGCUGAGGUAGUAGCGGGCAGUCGUGCUGGCAGUAGGAGGAGCAGCGGCGGUGGUAAUGCAGAACCUGGCAUCUGCGUCCGGACCGGCAGUGGUGGCGGCUGCGGAGGUAACCGCGAAGUCAGCGGUGGUGGCGGCCGUCCGGCGAGUGGUGGCGGGGGUAGCCGUACCGCCAGCAGCGGUGGUGCUGGCGCUGGUAUGGGCGAUGCAGGCGGGCAGUCUCGUGAGGGGCCAAAGCAGGCUCCGUGCUCGCCAACGGUGACAGCAGCAGUAGCACCGGCGGUGGCGGUGGUUGGCGGUGACGACGAGGACGGUGUUGUACGGCAGGCGUCGGUGGUUAGCAGCGGGGCAGCGGCGCCGCCAGCAGCGAAGGUUGCUGACAGUGAGGAACGGUGACGGGAUUGAGGGCGGGGUUCUUGUUGGGCUGUGAAGAACCACGCCGCUAGAAGUCGGUGUGGGUUUUUGAAUGUUUCGUUGGGCCGUGAACCGGCAGAAACAUGCGUGCGGUAUGGAGGUAUGGCCAUUUGUCUGUGGUUACUUUCCUGAAUAUGAAACACAGGUACCGCUUAAGAUUCCACGUGAUGUUAUAUUGCAUGACCUGAGGCGUGUGUUUCACGACCUGUUACGCUGCAAACGAGUCGUGGUUUGAGCAUGUGUCUUAAUUCCGGUGAGCUGCAAAGUACUAGUAAUGUGCGUGGCAUUUUUGGAGUGCCUUGGUGCCGGACUGGUGCCAUGUUGCGCCUUGGAACUGUGGGGCCCUCAUGUCACUUCUGGAACGGCAACGUUUGAGGGCCUGGAAGCUGCCCAAAGGCAGUUUUCUGUUGGUGCAUAACGAAAAGGACGAGGAAAUAUUGGACACAGAAAUGGUACCGGUAUGCGCUGUGCUUUCGAUGGCAUGGCAUGUCGAUGCUGGGUUCGUUGACUUGUUUGUUAAGUGGGAGUCCCGUAAUGGGGACACGCUGCAUGUUUUGAGCAUACGACAAUCCACCUUUUGGACGCCUUUGGCACACAAUACUUGAAGGCAGGACAUCUGUCAUACGUGGACAAACAGACAGCUUGCAACACGAUUAAAGCACGAAACACACAUGAUUACACGUCCCUUCCUAUCAAUGGUCACAUAAAGCGCCUAGCCCGCGUACCUCGUGGGCAAAUGUGUGGGUGUGAUGGUUUAUUGCCCUUUUAUAUAAUGCAUUUCUAUUCCCUAAGAUGAUAUCUUUGCUGCUUGAGCUUGUAACCUGCUGUGGGG